AGAUCCCAAAUUGCCCCUGCUUGGGAUCCAAACCAACCGAGACCUGCCAUUUAUAAAUACUACAACAUUCACCAUUGCGCCAGUGAGGUCAACUUAAACUCAGAACACAUGGCCGCACAAUAACUGUGACAGUCAUAUGCUGGUAACCGGCGCAAGCGCAUGUCCUUUAAGAUGGCGUUUCUAAGUUUGAUUCCACUGUUAUUCCUCGUUGCCAUAGUGAGAAGUCAACAGCCAAACCCUUUAGUGCGUGUUAACAAUGGUAUCCUGCAGGGCACGUGGAAGGUGUCCACUAAUGGCAGGAAUUAUGCCAGCUUCAUGGGUGUACCUUACGCCAGACCGCCGGUUGGAAAAUAUAGAUUUAGAGAGCCGCAGCCAGCGAAACCGUGGGCAGGAUUGUGGGAUGCCACGCGGCCUCUUUCAGCAUGCCUUCAGUACGAUCCCUUCCGAAGAAUUGUUUCAGGCAGCGAAGAUUGUCUCUUCAUAAACAUCUACACGCCGAACGCGAAUGCUGGUGCUUCAUUGCCAGUAGUAGUUUUCAUCCACGGCGGAGCCUUCAUGUACGGAGAAGCUGGAGUUUACAAUACCAAACACAUGAUGGAUAGAGAUAUUGUUGUCGUGACUUUCAACUAUCGUCUGGGACCGCUAGGUUUCCUAAGCACGGGUGACGAAGUUAUACCAGGUAAUGCUGGUUUGAAGGACCAGUCAUUCGCGUUGAAGUGGGUACGCGAAAACAUCGUUAUGUUUGGCGGCAACCCCGACAGCAUCACACUCACCGGCUGCUCCGCUGGUGGCGCUAGUGUGCACUACCACUAUCUGUCACCACUUUCUAAAGGAACAUUCCACCGAGGAAUUGCAUUCAGUGGCUCAGCGUUUUCAUCGUGGACGCACGCUGUCAAACCUGCGCAAAAAGCUAAAACCCUGGCCGCCAUUGUUGGCUGUCCUACCACUUCUACCCGAGAAAUGGCCGAGUGCCUGAAAUACAGACCCGGAGAAGUAAUAGUCAAUGCCCAAAUUGAAAUGUUUGAUUGGAGACUGCACUGGUUUACCCCGUUUACCCCAACAGUUGAAGCUACAGGAACCAGGGAUCCUUUCCUCACUCAGUACCCAUACAUCGCAAGUAAAGCUGGAGCCACGCUUCGCCUUCCGCUCAUCACGUCAGUCACUUCUGAAGAAGGAUUGUAUCCUGCAGCAUCGUACCAAGCUGACCCCACGAUUCUGCCUGAACUGGAAUCAAGGUGGGAACACCUUGCUAGCAACAUUUUCGAGUAUAAUGACACCUUACCCCUUCACCUACGCUCCAGCGUCGCACAAAAGAUUAAGGAGAAAUACUUGGAUGGCAAACCCGUGGGGCAGGAUACAUUUGACGGACUUGUUCAAGCCCUUGGUGAUCGUUUAUUCGCGGUUGACGUCGGUAAACUGGCUCAAAUACACGCCCAGAAAUCCCGCGAAUCAACCUACCUCUACCGCUUCUCAUAUCGCGGCCAGUACAGCUUAUCCGACUUGAUGAGUCAAAGCGAUAAUAACUACGGAGUAAGCCACGCCGAUGACGUAAUGCUAAUCUUCAGUUUCUUGCCGUUUGAACCGACACGUCCAGAGGAUCUGCAAAUGAGAGAAGUUCUUCUCACUAUGCUCGAGAGUUUCGCCGCGAAUGGAGUACCAAAAAUUCCGAACGGUCCCGAAUGGUUGCCAGUUAAACCGGGACAAGCGGAGUUAGACUACCUAGAAAUAGGACAAAAGAACAUUGCAAUGAAUUCUAGCGCGGAUUUCGGUAAUAAGGCGUUCUGGAACAGCCUUGGCUUCAUGGAAAAUGAAAACUACCGCGUAAACAUGAGAGACGAAUUUUAGUAUUAAGCU